GAGCGAGGUGCACCGCGCGGGUGCAGCCACGAUGGAAGGGGGUGCGUAUGGAGCGGGCAAAGCCGGGGGCGCCUUCGACCCCUACACCCUGGUCCGGCAGCCGCACACCAUCCUGCGCGUCGUGUCCUGGGUGUUCUCCAUCGUGGUGUUCGGCUCCAUAGUGAAUGAGGGCUACCUCAACAGCAUCUCGGAGAGCGAGGAGUUUUGCAUCUACAACCGCAACCCCAAUGCCUGCGGCUACGGCGUGACCGUGGGCGUGCUUGCCUUCCUCACCUGCCUGCUCUACCUGGCCCUGGACGUGUACUUCCCGCAGAUCAGCAGUGUCAAGGACCGUAAGAAGGCCGUCCUAUCUGACAUCGGUGUCUCGGCCUUCUGGGCCUUCCUCUGGUUCGUGGGCUUCUGCUACCUGGCCAAUCAGUGGCAGGUCUCCAAGACCGAGGACAGCCUGCUGAGCCAAGGGACAGACGCGGCCCGGGCUGCCAUCGCCUUCUCCUUCUUCUCCAUCUUCACGUGGGCGGGCCAGGCUGUGCUGGCCUUCCAGAGGUACCAGAUUGGCGCAGACUCAGCCCUCUUCUCCCAGGACUACAUGGACCCCAGCCAGGACACCAGCAUGCCUUACGCCCCCUACGUGGAGCCCAGCACCGGGCCAGACCCCGCCGGCAUGGGUGGCACCUACCAGCAGCCGGCCAGCGCCUUUGAGCCCGAGCCCCAGGGCUACCAGUCGCAGGGCUACUGAGCCACAGUGACCGCCUGCCCCCCGCCUGCCUGUGACCUGCCCCAGCUGCCCCCUGCUCCCUCCCUUCACACCCGGCCCCCUU